AUGGGGCAAGGCAAGGGACCCCAUGAAAAAAAUCGGGAGGUCUACGUGCCCUCUCCGGAGGAAUAUCCAACCUUCCCACCGCCGCCUCCCCAAGCCAUCCUUCAAGCACCGACGGAGUAUUGGACCAAAGUCUCAGCCAGGAAGUUUGCAGCUUCUCGGGGCGUUUUCGAGGAUUCGUCGCUGUACGCACUUUACCGUCUGUACGAGUUUAUCAUCCUCGACAAGGUCUUCGACUACCGAACUGCUCUAGAGGCCUUCUGGCGGCAGCACCGAUGGGCUAUCCAGGCCAUCCCCGAUCCAAAAGAUAGCAACCCUGUGCGGUACGCCUUUCUUGCUGGUUGCACCCAUCUGCUGGCCAGAUCAUUCAAUCAAAGAGUGAAAAUUGGUCUCCAGCGAGGUAUGCCAUCUUUAAUCACCCCAGAGGAAGCGGGGGAAGCCAGGAACGUUCCUGACCACCUUCGUCGAUAUGAGAGUGUCCCUGAAUUGGCGAUGAGGGUCCCAGCAUUGGCGACGACUUUAGUAAUUCCAACGCAUGAUGGAGUGGUAUUGCAGAGCCAUGGUGACAAACGGGCUGACCCGGACUUCUUGGCCAAGAACAUCUUGCUAUGGACACCACACAUCUACUUCACCUGA